UGAUUUAUUCGUAUCUUUUUCGAUACAAAUUUCGAUCAACACAUCUCUAAUUUUCAACCAUAUGCUAAAAUCCGGAGAUUUGGAAGAUACAUUCAUACAAAUUUUGGGUUGAAGGGGAAAUUUUUCGGGUUAUAAUGUCUUCGAAUUUGUAUGCAGAUCAUUAUAAUCAAAAGAUUGAUUAUGUUUUUAAGAUUGUUUUAAUUGGAGAUUCCGCAGUUGGUAAAUCUCAAUUAUUGGCUAGAUUUGCAAGAAAUGAAUUUAGUUUAGAUUCAAAGGCUACAAUUGGGGUUGAGUUUCAAACAAAAACUUUGCUUGUUGAUAACAAAACCGUUAAGGCACAAAUUUGGGACACUGCGGGACAAGAAAGGUAUAGAGCAGUAACAAGUGCAUAUUAUAGAGGUGCAGUUGGCGCGAUGCUAGUCUAUGACUUAACAAAACGCCAAUCAUUCGAUCAUAUGGCUAGAUGGCUGGAGGAACUAAGAGGUCAUGCUGACAAGAACAUAGUUAUAAUGCUCAUCGCGAACAAAUGUGAUCUAGGAAGUCUUCGAGCUGUACCAGUUGAAGAUGCUCAAGAAUUCGCAGAAAGGGAAAAUCUCUUCUUUAUGGAAACAUCAGCUCUUCAAUCCACAAACGUCGAGGGUGCAUUCAUGACAGUUUUAACAGAAAUUUAUAAAAUCAUUAGCAAGAAUACGCUUAUUGCAGCUCCGGGAGCUGAUUAUGGGAAGUCACAAUCUUUAAAGGGAACCAGGAUCAUUGUUCCUGGCCAGGACUUGGAUUCUGGUGGGAAUAGUGGUGGUUGCUGCAUGUCGUCAUGAUUUUUUAUCG